AUGACCGCUUUUAGUCCUCAUCAGCCUUCUGCGCCUUUCAUCGAAUCCGAAACACAUGUCGAAGCCGUCAAGUACAAGAAGGCCGAUGCACUUUCCUCAUCUAGCCCUGCCAAGAAACAUAAAGUGCUUGUUCCAUCGGAUAAUUACUUCCGCCACUAG